AUGGUAUCUAUACGUAUAAAAAAUGGCUUCAGAUAUGUAACACCAUAUUAUCAUAAGAAUAGGAUUUUUGUUAAAGGUAGAUGGGUAGGGAAACCGUUAUUAGAUGUCUUAGUUAAAGAAUUUAGGUCCUUUGAUAAAGAUUAUUAUACUAGAGCAAUCUUCAAUAGCAAAUAUAAAUUGUAUAGAGAUGGUAUUGAAUUGCCUUUAUUUUCCACCACUUCACCCCCCUCUUCAAAUCUGAUUAUAAAUAAUAAUAUAAUCAUUCGUUCCGGCGAUAUCUUAGAGACCAUAAUACAUAAGCAUGAACCACCCAUCAAAUAUUGGUUAGAUGUAUCAAAAGAUCAAUGCAUCAUUGAAAAUGAUCGUUUUAUAGAUGGGAUUCCCGUUGUAUUUGAGGAUAAUGAUUUGAUUGUGGUAGAUAAACCAUGUGGUAUCCCUGUACAUCCGACAGGUGGAUAUUAUUAUAAUACUUUAACUGGAGUGAUUAAACAUAGUUUAACACCAUAUACUACUAAUAAUAAUAGCAGUAUAGAAAUAGAUACAAAUCUGUAUCCCUGUCAUAGAUUAGAUAAAGUUACAUCUGGUGUGACAAUAUUAGCCAAAAAUAAGCAAAUGGCCAAUAUCAUUCAAACAGGUAUUCAGUCUCAUGAUAUGCAAAAAUUGUAUUUAGCUAGAGUCCAUGGUAAAUUCCCAGGGUCUGUAGUCAUUAAUAAUAAUAAUAGUAGUAGUAGUAAUAAUAAUAAUAUUAGUAAUAAUAAGCAAAUUUUAUCACCAAUUGACCCAUUAAAUAUUGAUCUAGACUCAAAUUGUUUAAUUAAAUGUGAAUCCCCCAUUUACACUGUCCAAACAAAAAAACAGUUCCCAAACGGAUUGGGUCCAUCGCGUCCAGCAGAGACAAUAAUAUAUCCAUAUUGGUAUGAUAUGGCUACAAAUCAAAGUGUAGUAAUAUGUAAACCCUUGACAGGCAGAACCCAUCAGAUUAGAAUCCAUCUUUUUAGGUUAGGUUAUCCUAUAGUAAAUGAUACGUUGUACUGUUCGCAAGUAACAAAAUACCCUCUGUAUUUAGAUUUCAUCAGAAAAUAUGAAGCAUGGGAAGAGUGUCUCAAUAGAGACCAAUUGGCUGCUGAUUUUGAUCAGCUAAUUAAAGAAGCAACUGAUGUUAGACAAAGUAGAUUAGUAUCCUUAAGGAAGAACGAUAGAGGUUUAACCUGUGAUAAAUGUGAAUUGCCUUUAAUGGAAGAUCCCGAAGAUUUUACUGAUAUGGUUCUAUAUUUACACGCAUGGAAAUAUUAUCAAAUAGAUUCUUCGAGCUUCAACGAUAAAUAUGGCAGUUUUGAGACAAGGCUGCCAUUCUGGGCUGUUGCCAGUCAAUAA